AUGGUGGAGCAUGACAAAGGAUCCAAGGGGAAGAAGGCUAAUAAGGCCAAGCCAUGGUCCAAACUAGGACCAAAAGGUGGAGUUUCAAAGAAGCUGAAAUUCCAAGGGUCGAAAUUCCAAGGGAAGUGCUUUAACUACAACAAGUCGGGACAUAAAUCAUCAGAUUGUAGACUUCUGAAAAAGAAAGGAAAUGAGGCUAAUGCUGUGGAAGCAAUGUCCCAAGAGAUCGCUGACCUAGACCUAUGUGUUGUGGUCUCUGAAAUAAACCUGGUGGAUGCUAAUCCAAAGGAAUGGUGGCUCGAUACUGGAGCUACUUGUCAUGUCUGUGCAAACAAGUCUGCCUUCUCCGACCUUACUUUGGUGGAAAAUGGGGAUAAGAUCUACAUGGGAAACUCGGCAACCUCUGAGAUAAAGGGGCAGGGUACUGUGUACUUGAAGAUGACGUCUGGAAAGAGUGUCAAGCUAUAG